CGCCGAGCGGACGCGCCUCCCCGCCUAGGUGCUGGCGGGCGCGCGGCGCGGCGGGGAGGCGAGCGCGGCGCGGCUCGGCGGAGCGCGCCUCCCGGCUGCCGGCUUUAUCUGCCAGGGGAGGCGGCUUUCUGGAGUGCUGGAGGAUCCAGUGCCGCCGGCACCUCAGCGCGGGGGCUGGGGGGAGAGGCGCAAGCUUUCGGAGGCACCUUGGGUGCGAGCCAGCGAGCGACCCCGGGCAGCAGGCUGCGGGCACAGAAGCGCAGCGGCAGGCACCUACACAGUCCCUGCAGGUGGGAGGCCAGCACCUCCCCCUCGCCCGUCCACCCUCUGGCCACCGCCGACACCGCCUCCCCUCCCCCGCCGCGUCUCCUGCUCCUGCCUGGCUGUGCCGGAGUUAAAUGGCUGAGAAACAGAUCAGCCUGCCCGCCAAGCUCAUCAACGGCGGCAUCGCCGGCCUGAUCGGGGUCACCUGCGUGUUCCCCAUCGACCUGGCCAAGACGCGGCUGCAGAACCAGCAGAAUGGCCAGCGCAUGUACUCCAGCAUGUCCGACUGUCUCAUCAAGACUAUCCGCUCUGAGGGCUACUUCGGGAUGUACCGGGGAGCUGCCGUGAACCUGACCUUGGUCACCCCUGAGAAGGCCAUCAAGCUGGCGGCCAACGACUUCUUCCGAUAUCAGCUCUCCAAAGACGGGCAGCCGCUGACCCUGCCUAAGGAGAUGCUGGCGGGCUGUGGGGCUGGCACCUGCCAGGUGAUCGUGACCACGCCCAUGGAGAUGCUGAAGAUCCAACUGCAGGACGCGGGACGCCUCGCCGCCCAGAGGAAGAUACUGGCCGCCCAGGCGCAGCUCUCGGCCCAGCCCUCGGUGGAGGCCCAGGCUGCUCCCCGGCCCACGGCCGUCCAGCUCACCCGGGACCUGCUGCGGACCCGCGGCAUCGCAGGCCUCUACAAGGGACUGGGGGCCACGCUGCUCAGGGACGUCCCUUUCUCCGUCGUCUACUUCCCUCUCUUUGCCAACCUGAACCAGCUGGGCCGCCCGGCGACCGAGGAGAAGUCGCCCUUCUACGUGUCCUUCCUGGCCGGCUGCGUGGCCGGGAGCGCGGCCGCCGUGGCCGUCAAUCCCUGCGAUGUGGUGAAGACGCGGCUGCAGUCACUCCAGCGCGGCCUGAACGAGGACACCUACUCGGGCUUCCUGGACUGCGCCAGGAAGAUCUGGCGGCACGAGGGCCCCUCGGCCUUCCUGAAGGGCGCCUACUGCCGCGCGCUGGUCAUCGCCCCCCUGUUCGGCAUCGCGCAGGUGGUGUACUUCCUGGGCAUCGCCGAGUCUCUGCUGGCGCUGCUGCAGCGUCCCCAGCCCUGAGCCCUCCCCCGUGGCGGAGGGGCUGGGAGGGGAUGCAGGGUCCACGUGGGUGGCACACACCCAGGGCUUCGCCUGCCCAACCUUUGGGAUCAACGUCUUAUUUAUGUAGAAAAUGCGGAGAUUCUUACAUUCCUCAAGCCAGCCCCUGCCCCAGUCCUGUGCCGGCCUGAACGCCCCCGGGGACGGAGCUGGUCUCUGGGCUGGGGGCUCCCAGGCCUGGGCUGGGCAGACUGGACCCCACCCCCUCCAGUCCACCGCCUCUCAUCUCUGAGGCCCUCCUGGUCCACGGAGGGGAUCCAUACAAACCUAUUUAUUGAGUCUGCUGCGCCCACGUGGCUCUGCCAUCUUCCCGUCCGUCCGUCCGUCCGUCUGGCCUGCCGGCCGGCCCUGCUGCCUAGCUCACGUCGGCCUGGCCAGCAUUGGGGGGGAGCCACACCCACCCUGUGGGACCCACACGUUGUGAGGGGUGGGUGAUUGGGGAGCAGGUCCCGCCCACCAGCCCUCAGCUGGCCUGGCCCCGUGGGGCCCGGGUGCUGUCAGGCUGUCCAGAGAAGCCCCGCCCGGCCCCUCUUGCUGCAUCUCCUGCAGACCUCUCCUGAGACACCCCCGUCCCUGCCCUGGGAUUGGUCGGCCGGAGAGCAAGCAGGAAGACCAGCGGCCGGGCUGCCCUCCCCCAGGGUCCACUGCUCUUGGGACCUCUGCCGGAGGCCCCUGGCCACCCCCAGACCCCUGGACGCUGGGUGGAGGCCUCUCCCCGCCCGUCCCUGCCAUGUGAAUGUGUUGGUGAUUGAUCUGACGUGCUGGUGCUGUGUUCCCAGACUGGGCGCCCCGAGGCCCUCCCCCACCCCGUGACACUACCUGGGCUCAGUUCUCGGUUUCCCCGUCACGUCCGUACCUUGGAAGCUGUGCUGCUGCUUACAGAUUAUAUUUUUUUUUCCUUUGAAGAGUUUUAAAAGUAAUUUUUUGUGUCUUGUCAUGUAAGAGGAUAAAUAAAUAUUCUACCUAGA